UUCGAGUGUCGUAUACGGCGAUGGAAGCAGGUGAGAUUUGCACCGUUGGCCGCUACGCAGCAGCAGCAGCAUGUGUUCGCAUCACGUCGAUCGGUCAGUGUUGAGCAGCAGCAGCGGCGCAGUGCGAGAAUCUUCGCAAAUCCGAGCUGCUGCAGCUGCAGCUCGUCGUUCCCGCCGCCGCCCCAGUCAAAUCCGCUUCCGCGACGAACUAUGGGUAAGCAGGCCUCUUUUGCUGAAAAAAAAAAAACGAUUGUUACUGCAGCAGCAGCAGCAAAACGCACACUACACACUGAGCGUAUUGCAGCAAACGGACAAGCACUUCGCUCGCGGCGUGAUCUCCCGGAACUGCCAACAUCGCUGCCUCAGAGUACGCCGGUGAGCAGCGCUCUGGACGAUGCGGUAUGCACAUACAAUUGCUUUUAA